GGUUAUAUUUAUUUACGGAUAGUUUGUACUUAGGGAAGUCAGAUCUCAUGUUCAAUCUUGGAUAUUUUUUGGAAAUGUAGGUAUUGUAUCUAUCAUACUCCAACGCCGUUCCUCGAUUCAAGAAUAUUAGUAUUUUCCGAAAUGUGUCUGAACUAUUGACGAUCUCCAGAAGUGAACUUUACCGCAUUUAUAUAUAUAUAUCUUAGUUUCAAAUAGCGGUAAUUGCUACAACUUCACUGUGUCUACAAAUUUAACAAAUAAAUUAAAUUCUGCAGUCAUGUAUCCCCGAAAAAGUGAUUAUCGCUCUGAUAAAAUUUAGUUUAGAUAGUUUGUGUUAGAGUUUUAGUUAAUUUUAGUAAGGCGCUUAUUAUUCACAUUUUUGUAUAUGUAGGUAGAUAAAUAAAAUAUUAUCUACAUGUAUUUUCUAUUGUCAUUCCCACUCCAGGAGCAUUAUAUAGAAAUUUCACGAUUUAUUAUGAACAUGUAUGUACAUACAAAACAACAAUUGAUCUGUGAUUAUCUACAUUAUGUAGUUGCCAACCACUGAAAAUGUUUGACAGUGACAAAUUGUAAGAUACAUCUUUUCAAUCAAAAUGUAGAAUCAUCAAAAUUCUCAGUGUACAUUUAAAUACUUAAUAUAAUACGAAAAUAUGCAAUCUCUAAAAUGGUUAGAUCCUUUGUUAUCAUUCAUAAAUAAGAAGCACAAAAUCAGUUUUAAUACUCAAUCGAAUAAUCUACAUGAAGCUCUUGGUCCAAUUUCUUGGUUAGAGGGUACUUGGAGAUCAGUGAAAGGUGUAAUGGAUCAUCCUAAAAUAAAAGUACCUUUUUUAUUUGAUGAAAUCAUAUCCUUCACAUCUAUGGGACAUCAACCGCUUUAUUAUUAUACAUCAGUAGCUACAAAUCCACAAGAUAAAAAUGCCCUGUUACAUCUCGAAGUAGGACAUUUAAUAAUUAAUGAAUGUAAAGCUGUAGGGUUAUUGGCUGUUCAUAGAUUCGGAUGUACUACAAUUGAGCAAGGAUUGUUGAAAAAUGAUACUGUUUUAGAAAUGUCUUCUUGUGAAAUUGGUUCUUCUAAAUUCAUUAAAAAACCGCUUUACGGAACAUACAGGAUAUAUUCAUUAAAUAGACAUGGACAGUUAACUUAUAAAUUGGCGUUAGCAAGUUAUCCAGGAAAACUCGUCGAUCAUAUUUGGUGCACAUAUGAAAAACAGGAUAACUGUACUUGACAUUUACUUUCGUUUACUUUUCUUUCUACAAAUUUAUAUUAUAAAAUCCAAACUACUUUUUUAAGAAUUAAAUUUGUAAAGAAAAAAACUUCACAAUUACAAAUAUUUGUUUGGAAUAAUCACAUUCUAUUUCAUUUUUAAAUUUGAAGUUAUUAAAUUGAAUUGAACCAAUUCCUUUUUGUUUAAUGACAAAAUAUUACAUCAAACUUCUUCAAAACAAUAAUUUAUAUACUUAUAACUAUGUUGUAUGGAUUGAUGGAAUUGUAUAAUUUUCUUGUGGUUAAAUUGUUUCAUUGAAAA